AUGCAAUCCCUGACAGGGUCACUUUUUGGCUUCUGCGCGAGCAACAAUAGGGAUGUCAUCAGGUGUAACCAUGAUCACACCAAGAAUCUCAAAGAAGGUUCAUUGUUUGCUUACCAGGACUGGGAGUCAAAGCACGGCAUCUACAAGACAGAUUUGCUGCAGAUGGGUGCCAAUCAUAUGUGGUUUGCAAACCACAAUGAUGAGGAUGUCAUUCACCAUGAGUACUUCAACCCCUUCCCAGUUGAAACCAUGACCCUCAUGCUCACAGCUAUUAAAUGUUGUAUUGAUGAAUGGAUUACUGGAGUCAAGGAAGAUAUCAAGUUCUAA